AUGGGCAUAUUCCGUGCUAUAAGGAGCCAGAGCAGUGAAUCUACAGGCGCCAUAACCGAUCUAGGAUUAACCAAUAAACAGGGAAAAUCUGAAUACAGUUUUUCACUGUUUAAAUGGAUGGAGCAAAGCGAGGCGGUGGUAGUCUUCCUCACUCAAUUUCUAUUCAAGCGUCGAGUUCUUAUCUUUUACUCUCGACUGCUCUCCUGCUCGCGACGUUCGCAGCCUAGCCCUAAAAAUAUAGUUCCUACUUCCCAACCUGUUGAACAGGAGCCAGAUUUGAUCGUCGAUGAUGUGACGAAGGAGUGGCAACGUGGUGACGACAAUAUUGACUUGGCAAUAAAAGACACCUUCGAAGAAAGAAGCAGUCAAUCCAGCAGCCGAGUUUUAGCAAUAAAAGAAACAGAAAGUGAUUCUUCUCAAGAGCACGAAGUAAAAGUGACGCGGUAG